AUGCAGAAAAAGGUGCGAGAAUACUGUCAGUGCACUCCUUGUAACUUCGAUGUCGAUAAAUGCGGUUUUGUCGACGAAGACAAUGAUAACUUUGAUUGGUCGCGACAAAAUGGAGGCACUUCUUCUCUAGACACGGGUCCUCCCAACGACCACACGACUGGCACGAGUCAAGGCUACUAUAUGUAUGUGGAGACUUCGGGCACAAAUCUGCGCAUUGGAGAUGUAGCCAUCUUGAGAAGUCCGAGGUACAACACGAGCAGCUCGGCCUGCAGCGCAUGCAUGCUGGAAUUCUGGUAUCACAUGUACGGAUCGGCAAUCGGAAAACUAGAGGUAUUCCUCGAAGAGACGGACGACCACUUGCCUCUCAGUCGGACACCAAUUUGGUCUCUGAGUGGCGAUCAGGGAAAUCGAUGGCAAAAAGCGACAGUCCCGACUCUAACAAUUGCAUCAGAAACCUUUUAUCUCAUCUUCCUAGCAACAUACAACGGUCUUUGGACGGGAGACAUCGCUAUUGACGACAUUGCUCUCAAAGAGUGUACAUCUACACCGACUCCCUCCACACCGACUCCGACUCUCGCACUACCCACUUGCUCUGCCGAUCAGUGGCUAUGCCCAGACGGCUCGUCUUGUAUACAAAGAACUCAACUGUGUGACGGAAACAGUGAUUGCACUGAAGGAGCAGACGAAAGCAGCCCAGUUCCUUGCAUGUCCGAAUGCAGCCCAUCCUAUUGCGUCAAUAAAGGACAAUGUUUUAUUGAGGCGGGUCAACAAAAAUGCAGGUGUUCCCAUCCAUUCUACGGUCCACGAUGUGAAAAAACCGACUUCGGAACUCGCAAGCCCAAGACUCCCACCUCGGUUACUUGCACCCCUACUUGUAAUCCCGAUGCAAACAGCAGCUGCUGGUGCCUGGGAAACCCACUCUAUAGACGACACCACUUCUGUCAGGCUUGCACGCCUACGGGCGAAUGCAACGAGUGCGUUUGCAACCAUAUUUUGCAAUGUUUCCCGACGAGUGACUUCGUGAGGCGUGAGAUGGCUGAAAGUACCUCGACAACUCGAGUUAUUGUGAAUCCAGGAGGGGGAAAUCAGCAAACAGGCAGUGGAACGGACAGCGGUCUUUCUUCUGGAGCCUACGCAGCCAUUGCCGUCUCGAUCAUUGUCUUGGGAGUGAUUGUUGUUGCAGUAAUCAUUUACUUCAUUAUGAGCAAGAAAUAUUACUCCAAACUUGGCUCGUCGAAUAGGCUCGCUGCUGGACCACACAGUCCAAUGACUGCUGAUACUGCAUCCGGGAUAGGAAAUCCUGUAUACAAGAUGUUUGGAUCUCCCGAAGGGGGGACAAGAAUAACAGGAGACAUUGAUGACGUUGACAUGUCUGAUAUAUUUUCUCCAUCAGAAGCCACUCUUCCCAAACCAGCUCAUCAUAGCAGUUUGGGAAAAGAUGCGAGAGGUAAUCCUCUCUAUAGGGAUCCAUACUCCAAACUUGAAAACAAGUGAACGACAGGAGAUGAACUGCAUUGUGUCUUGCUAGCUUAGCUAGCUAGCUAGCUAGCUAUAGUUGUACGCUUUGUGAAAGUUUUUGCAUAUUACAAUUUUUGCAUUCUGCUUUUGUUAUUUGUUAGCUGUGGCCGAUGAUUUAAUAUCAGGUGCCUGGUCAUGCCUGUAGAGCCUA